AUGUUGGCCGAAAACAAUGUUCUAUUAAAAAAAAAUUUGGGGCUACAUUUAGUGCAGUGGGCACAAAAAUUUCCUCUUAAAACGUAUGAGGAAAUAAUAUUUAUUAAUGAGGAAUUGCAAGGAGACCGAAAAUUGGAAAUUAUUGAAUCAAUGAAGAAAAUCUUGUCGGGGAAUGUUGCGAACAUUGAAGCCAUCUUCAGCAAGAGCAUAAUUCUAUCUCAUAACUGCGGUGGGGUAAAAGGGAAAACGUCUUUGCGGGAGUAUCCCUUUUUGCUGGAUGCUAUUUUUGAAUCGACAAGAAACGGAAAAUCAUUUAAUGAUUUUAUAGGAGACCUGUGGAGUGCGCUAAGACUAGCAAAAAAUCGAUUAAAUAAGCAAAACUUUCGGGCAAAAGGAAGAGAGAUGACUUCAACAAUUGAUGAUAAGAGUUCUGUGGAAGCCUUAACAAACAUUCAUAUCGACACAAAUUCAAAUAUCGAGACUACAGUUAUAAAUACGAUAUAA